CAAGGGUAAAUUUAUUCGAGGUGUUAGCAAGGGUAAAUCUUACGAAUUGCGUAUUAAUAUGUUGAUUAUCCAGGACUUCUUCAUGACUGCCAGUCUCUAGCCAGCUUGUGCAGCCUGUGCAGCCUGUGCUUUUAAGCCCCUGUGCUUGCGGCGGUCGCGCUUGAUCCUAUAGGUUCUUCCAGAUUAUUUCUCACAGCCUUGCUCCAGUUACUAAGUUGGAAACGGCCACUUGGCGUUCAUGUAGCCAGGGACCAUAGCUAGCAGCGCUUGCCUCUCCCCUCCUUGUAUCCUAACCUCUCCUCUCCUUUCUUUUAAAAGUAUCUCAUACCACUGCUCUUCUGGUACAGUUGUCACCGCCAUCUGGGUGAGUGAGUGACCAUGGAGCAGUCCUACCUGUACACUUCAGCAGAAGUGCUAGAGCAUUUUGGGUCUUCGGAGACCGUUGGCCUUUCUCAGACUCAGGUGUUGAAGGCUCGAGAAAAGCAUGGGCCAAAUGCUCUCGCUGAAGAACCUCCAACACCAUUGUGGGAGCUUAUCCUGGAGCAAUUCAAGGAUCAGCUCGUCCUGAUUCUCCUGGGUUCUGCUGCCGUGUCCUUUGUCUUGGCUUUGUUUGAGGAAGGGGACGAUUGGACUGCCUUUGUCGAUCCAGCUGUGAUUCUCACAAUCCUGAUCCUCAAUGCAAUUGUUGGCGUGACACAAGAGAACAGCGCGGAAAAGGCAAUUGCUGCGCUCCAGGAAUAUUCUGCAAAUGAGGCAAAGGUCAUCCGGGAUGGCCGCAUGCAACGGAUCAAGGCCGAGGAGCUUGUCCCUGGAGAUAUCGUCGAUGUCGCCGUUGGGGAUCGGGUGCCUGCCGACUGUCGUCUGCUGGCUGUGCACAGCAACAGCUUCCGCGUCGAUCAAGCUAUCCUGACCGGUGAAAGCGAGAGCGUCUCGAAGGAUACUCGUGCGAUCAAUGACAAGCGCGCUGUCAAACAGGAUCAGACCAACAUCAUCUUCUCGGGAACCACCGUUGUCAAUGGCCAUGCCACUGCGAUUGUCGCCCUUACCGGCGGCUCUACAGCCAUCGGAGAUAUCCACGAAAGCAUUACCUCUCAGAUUUCGGACCCUACUCCUCUGAAGCAGAAGCUGAACGACUUCGGUGACAUGCUGGCUAAGGUGAUCACGGUUAUCUGUAUUUUGGUGUGGGUCAUCAAUAUUGAGCACUUCAACGACCCAUCUCAUGGAGGCUGGACCAAGGGAGCCAUCUACUAUCUCAAAAUUGCUGUGUCCCUCGGCGUGGCUGCUAUUCCGGAAGGUCUGGCGGUGGUCAUUACCACUUGCCUGGCGCUCGGGACCCGGAAAAUGGCUCAGAAGAAUGCCGUCGUUCGCUCUCUUCCGUCUGUCGAAACCCUCGGCAGCUGCAGCGUUAUUUGCUCCGAUAAGACAGGCACUUUGACCACCAACCAGAUGAGUGUGUCCAAGAUUGUUUACCUGAGCAAGUCCGGCGAUGACAUCGAGGAGCUGGAUGUGGAGGGCACCACCUUCGCUCCGGCAGGAAAGAUUUCUCGCAAUGGCAAGCCUUUGGAGAAUCUCGCCGUGUCCUCCUCAACCAUCAACCAGAUGUCCGAGGUUCUUGCUCUGUGCAACGCUGCUACCCUCUCUUACGAUGCCAAGAGCGGAGUCUUUUCCAGCAUUGGUGAGCCUACUGAGGGGGCUCUGCGGGUUCUGGUGGAAAAAAUCGGAACGAAUGAUGUCUCUAUUAACAGCAAGAUCUCGGCUCUCCCACCAACCGAUCGACUCCAUGUGGCCAGUAGCUACUAUGAACACCAGCUCCCCCUGCAAGCGACGUAUGAGUUUUCGCGCGACCGCAAGAGUAUGUCCGUUCUGGUCGGUGAAGGCAAGGCUCAAAAGCUCCUGGUCAAGGGUGCCCCGGAAUCCAUUCUUGAACGCUGCUCUCAUGUUCUCCUGGGACCUGAUGGGCCUCGGGUGCCUCUCUCCAGGGCCCACACUGACCUUAUUUCGGGAGAAGUUGUCGAGUAUGGUAACAGAGGUCUGCGUGUUAUUGCCAUCGCCAGUGUCAACGAUGUGUGGGCCAAUCCUCUGCUCCACAAGGCUCAGACCUCUGAGGAAUACGCUCAACUAGAACGGGAUAUGACUCUGAUCGGUCUGGUCGGAAUGUUAGAUCCCCCACGCCCUGAGGUCUCUGCCUCGAUCAAGAUGUGCCGCGAUGCUGGUAUCCGGGUCAUUGUCAUUACAGGUGAUAACCGCAACACCGCCGAGUCCAUCUGUCGUCAGAUCGGAGUCUUUGGUGAACAAGAAGAUCUCACCGGCAAGAGCUACACUGGCAGGGAAUUUGACGCCCUGACCGCCAGUGAGAAGCUGGAAGCUGCCAAGAAUGCAUCGCUGUUCUCUCGUACCGAGCCUACCCACAAGUCUCAACUGGUCGAUAUCCUUCAGUCCCUGGGUCACGUCGUCGCCAUGACCGGCGAUGGUGUCAACGAUGCGCCGGCCUUGAAGAAAUCCGACAUUGGUGUGGCCAUGGGCACUGGCACGGAUGUCGCUAAACUCGCCGCCGAUAUGGUUCUCGCCGAUGAUAAUUUUGCCACGAUCACCGUUGCUGUGGAAGAAGGACGGUCUAUCUACAGCAACACACAGCAAUUCAUCCGGUAUCUUAUCUCGUCGAACAUCGGCGAGGUGGUUUCGAUCUUCUUGACGGCCGCCCUUGGCAUGCCUGAGGCUCUAGUCCCCGUCCAGCUCCUCUGGGUGAACCUGGUCACUGACGGUCUCCCUGCAACUGCCUUGUCCUUUAACCCCCCUGAUCACGAUGUGAUGCGCCGCCCUCCCCGAAAGCGUGACGAGCCCCUUGUCGGAGGCUGGCUCUUGUUCAGAUACAUCGUCAUCGGAACCUAUGUUGGCGCAGCGACUGUUUUCGGCUAUGUCUGGUGGUUCUUGUACAACCCUGAGGGACCCCAAAUUACUUUCUGGCAACUGUCCCACUUCCACAAGUGUUCGUCGCAGUUCCCUGAGAUCGGCUGCGACAUGUUCGCCAAUGACAUGGCCAAGUCUGCGUCGACGGUCUCGCUGUCCAUCCUCGUGGUGAUUGAAAUGCUGAAUGCGAUGAACGCCCUUUCCUCAAGCGAAUCGCUUCUCACGUUCGGCCUGUGGAACAACAUGAUGCUCGUCUACGCCAUCAUCCUCUCGAUGAGUCUGCACUUUGCCAUCCUCUACAUUCCCUUCCUGCAGGGCCUCUUUGCCAUUCUGCCUCUGAACUGGUUGGAAUGGAAGGCUGUUCUGGCCAUCAGCGCCCCAGUCAUUCUUAUCGAUGAAGUUCUCAAGUUCUUCGAACGCAAACUCUACACCACUUCCGUGGCCCCGAAUUCCCAGACCGGUGCCGCGUCGAAGCCGAAGAAGGCGUAAACAGUCUUCUGACGAAGUGACGAAUGGAAAUUGGGGAAAUUGGUUAAUUCUUUUCAUGGCCGUAUACAUGAAUAGAUCUAGACAAGACGGGGAUUUGGAGUCCAUCCACAGGGAAGACCUUUUUUCGCUACUUUUGAGUUUUCCUUCGAACUUGUCUUUUUCUUUUACCUUGUGUUUCUCUGCAUUUAUUAUUAAGUCUUGGUAGCACAUAUUUCAACAUACGGCCGAAUCCUACCCUAUGAAAGGACUACUAGAUGGCUCAAUAGCUGUAUGAGAAGUUUACGUCAGUGGGAAUGACAUACUAUAGGGCUUUUAAUGGACUGUCUAAUGCAUCG